AUGGAUCUUUUUAGACGAGCCGUCAAGGCCAUUCCCUCGACGGCACCUCAACUACCCACCGCCGACGAGAAGCCUACCACAAAGCAUGCUCGCCAGAACAGACUGGCAUCUCGCCUCGCCUUCUUCAGAAGACCUUUGCGCCUCCGUGGUAACUCGAGCAUCUCGGUGCCCCUCGGCGUCGUCAUCCUCUUCCCUCUGAUCGUUGUCAUCCUUAUCCUCGUGCUGUUCGUCAGACAUCCCAGUUCUCCUGGAAGAAUAUUGAUGCCUGCCGGUGCACCGCCAGCCAUCAGAAAAAUCAGCGAGGAGCACGACAAGGUGUUUGUCACCGGAUGCCUCGAGCCCGACACGAGCAGACCCAAGGCCAACGGCGCCUUUGUCGUCCUGGCCCGCAACAAGGAGUUGGACGGUGUCAUCCAAUCCAUCAAGUCCAUCGAGCGCCACUUCAACCGCUGGUACCAUUACCCCUACGUCUUCUUGAACGACGGCGAUUUCAACGAGACCUUCAAGGAGGUCGUCAAGAACUACACGUCCGCCCCCGUCGAGUUCGGCAAGGUUGGCCCUGAGAUGUGGGGCUACCCCGACUGGAUCGACCACAAGGUCGCCAAGGAGGGUAUCGCCAAACAGGGUGAUGCUGCCGUUAUGUAUGGCGGCUUGGAGAGCUACCACGCCAUGUGCCGUUUCUACUCUGGGCAACACGAGCUUCUCGCCAAGUAUAACUGGUAUUGGCGUCUCGAGCCCGAGAUCAAGUACUUCUGCGACAUUACCUACGAUCCUUUCUGGGCCAUGAUCGAUGCCAACAAGACGUAUGGUUUCACCAUCGCCGUCAAGGAGCUCCGCGAGACUGUCCCCAACAUCUUCAGAUACGCCUCGGCCUACAAACGCCUUAAGGGUCUCAAAUCCAAGGGCCUGUGGGAGAUGUUCGUUGACCCUGUCGAGAAGAAGGAGGAGCCGCCUACCGACCAGAGCCCCCUCCCUGAGGAGGUCCUGCGCAGCGACCCGAACCGCAACAACCUGCCCGAUGUCGACCCCGAAGCUAUGGAAGGCGAGACAUACAACAUGUGCCAUUUCUGGUCCAACUUCGAAAUUGCUAGCCUUGACUGGUUCCGUAGCAAGGAGUACGAGGAGUUCUUCGAAAUGAUGGACCGCAGUGGAGGCUUUUGGAUGGAACGCUGGGGUGACGCCCCUAUCCACUCCUUGGCUGCUGGUGCCCUGCUCUCCCCCCGUGAUAUCCACUACUUCCGAGACUUUGGUUACCGACACACCACUAUCCAGCACUGCCCUGCAAACGCCCCUGCUCGACAGCUGCCCAGACCAGCCUACCUAGAGAAGACGACUCUUGACGAGAAGAAGCGCUCUGAAGAGGACAAGUACUGGGACGACUGGGAUGCUGAAAAGGAGAACGGAGUUGGAUGCAGGUGCAGAUGCGACACCGACAUUGUCGAUGUCGAGGGCAAGGAGGGUUCAUGCCUUGCUGAAUGGGUUGACGUUGCAGGUGGAUGGGCCAGCCCGUGA